AUGGUGCUGGGCGCCCUGAAGGCCGCGACGCUGCGCUGCGGGCGGCGGGCCUGGCUGGCUCUGCUGGCGGGCGCCUACCGAACCUGGCCGGCCUGCCUGACGCCGCCCUUCCGUUACAGGCUCCUGCUGGGGACGCUGUACCCGGCCUACGCCUCGUACAAGGCCGUGAGGAACAAGGACGUCCGGGAGUACGUGCGGUGGAUGAUGUACUGGAUCGUCUUCGCGCUCUUCAUGGCCACGGAGACCGUCACGGACACCUUCUUUUCCUGGUUUCCCUUCUACUAUGAGAUCAAAAUGGCCUUUGUGGUAUGGCUCCUGUCUCCUUACACAAAGGGGGCCAGCUUAUUGUACCGCAAGUUUGUGCAUCCUACACUGUCCAGCAAAGAAAAGGAGAUUGACCACUUCAUCUGCCAAGCCAAAGAGCGUGGCUAUGAGAGUCUUGUGAGCUUUGGGAAGAAGAGCAUCAAUGUGGCAGCCACAGCAGCUAUCCAGGUGGCUGCAAAAGGCCAGGGUGCCCUUGCAGGUCGUUUACGCAGCUUCAGUAUGCAGGAUUUGCGUUCCAUCCCAGAGACAGCCAUGGUGCAUUAUUCAGAUCCCCUCUAUCUGGAGGAACAGGAGCUAUGCCGGCAACCGAUUGGGCGCAGGCCGGCAGCGCAGCAGCCGGGCUCCGACAGCGAGGAGCAGGAGGAGGACCGCUGGACAGACUCUGAAGUGUCUGCCCCCUCCAGGGGCCGCUGCAGGGACCCCGCCCUCCCGAAGCCCUUGGCCAGGAGCCAGAGCUUCCGGCAGGUGAAGAAGCGGCCGCCGGCUAAAGAGACGUCUUCUCGGGGGCUCCGAACUCGUUCCCGGAAGCAGAGGCCGGACCAAGAGCCCUAG